UUUCUUUUUCUCUCUCUUUUUCCCUCUUGACUUCAUAUUGCUCACUCCUAAAGUGUGCGUAUUUAUAUGAGUGUUGAUACACAGUUUAUUGACAUAUAACUAUUCUUAACUUGCUUGACCUUCCUUUUUGAAAUCCCACUUUUUUUUUUAUUAUUUGUUUUAUUUAAAAAAACGCUUUAUACCCCCAUUCCAUUCCAUCUACAAGAUGAUGUUUCUCUAAAUACACUUUUAUGCAAACUUAUACUAUGACAUUAUUAGACUGGAAUCAAAUAUCAAAUAACAUGAUUGAUAAACACAUUCAAUCAUACCAACUCUUGGAAGAACUCGGUCGUGGUUCGUAUGGUUGUCUCUUUCUGGGUCAAUCUCUGAUCGACAAUCAAUACGUGGCCAUUAAGGUUCUGUCUAAAACUGGACUCGAUACUCGUCAAUUACAACUUCAACAGCUAGAAAUGGAUAUUCAAAAACCCUUAAAUCAUCCCCAUGUAUUAGGACUAAAAGAUGUCAUUCAAGAACAAGAUUUUAUCUAUAUGAUCAUGGAACUCUGUGAUGGUGGUGAUUUGUUUGAAUAUGUCAUUCAACAUCCUCAUAAAGAAGAUGAGCUUGUCAAGACACUCUUUUUACAGAUAUUGGAAGGCAUUGAAUACUUGCAUACAGAGGGCAUUUAUCAUCGUGAUAUCAAGCUUGAAAAUAUCUUGUUGUCUGAAAAGAAUGUCUGUAAAGUAGCUGAUUUUGGACUGGCUACAAAAGAACGGUUUUCUCUGGAAUUUGGAUGUGGUUCAACAACUUAUUUAGGCCCUGAACAUUUUGCGAAUGAGGAAGAACAAGAAGAACAAGAUGUACCUUAUGAUGCUGCUGCUUCUGAUAUCUGGUCUUUGGGCAUUUUGUUAUUGGCCCUCUUGUUCAAUAAGAAUCCAUGGUAUGAAGCAACAACAGAAGAUGUGACAUUUGCUGAAUACAAGCAAAAUCCAUCUAGUCUGUGUACUCUUUUUCCUCGUCUGAGCCAUGCCUGUGCUCAAUUCUUAAUAGACCAUGUCUUGUGUAUCGAUCCUCGUCAACGAUGUGAUAUUCAAACCUUGAAACAAGCCUGGAUGUCAUUAACCAAUCUGACUGUGAUGCCUGUUGAUAUCAUAAACACAAAAGCAAGUUAUGAUUCUGCCUACUUUAGUCAUGAAACAGGUCUUUCAUGGUCUGAUAUGGUUGAACAAGACUUGGCUGAAGAUGAAGAAGAUGAUGAAGAUGAUGACUUUGAACAUUUAACUGAAGAUGAAGAGUUGUUUAUUCAUGUCCAAGAAAAAGAAUCUUGGUGGCUUUAAAUAAAAUAUCCCUCUACGUAUAUAUAUAUAUAUAUAUGUGUGUGUGUGUGUGUGGCUUCAAACGAUAUAUACAGACUAGAUGAGUCCAUUUAAACUCCACUUUG